GCAUCAUAUUUUUCUACUCUGGAUGCGAGUAGUGGAUUUUGGGUAAUCCGUCUGGACUUAGAAAGUUCAAUGUUGUGUACAUUCAAUACUCCUUUUGGUCGGUAUAGAUUUAAAAGAUUGCCAUUUGGUAUUAAUUGUGCCCCUGAAAUAUUUCAUCGUAUUAUGACUGAAACAUUUGGUGUUUUGCCUGGAGUUAUGGUCUAUGCUGAUGAUAUAUUAGUCUAUGGCAACGAUCGUCAAGAACAUAAUGAAAAUUUACAAAGAGUAUUAAUGAAGGCACAACAAGUCAAUUUAAAAUUUAAUAAAAGUAAGUGUAAAUUUGGUCACACACAAGUCAAAUACUUAGGUCACAUAUUUUCACAACAAGGUGUGUCACGGAUCCAGAAAAAGUCAGGGCUAUCAAGGAUAUGCCGUCUCCUAUGUGUCUUAAGGAUCUACAAAGGUUUCUAGCAGAACGUCUCCAGUGGCUCACCAAGGCUACGGAACAAGAUGAAAGUCUGCAACUACUGAAGAAUUACUAUCAAAAUGGAUGGCCUGAUAGAAAAUCUGAAGUCAAUAAAUUAGUCUUACCUUAUUGGAACUGUCGUCAUGAAAUACAUGCUGUCAAAGGUCUGCUAUUAAAAGGUAACAGUCUUAUUAUACCUAAAGAGUUGAGACCAGAAAUUCUGAAAAUGAUACAUAAUGGUCAUCAAGGUAUAGAAAAGUCAAAAAAUUUUGCAAGAGGUGUUGUAUAUUGGCCAUUAAUGUCACAUGAUAUACAGCAAUGUGUAGAAAAUUGUGAAAUCUGUUUGUCACACAGAAAUGCAAAUCCUCCACAACCUCUAAUGUCUCAUAAGAUUAGUUCUUUUCCUUGGGAAAAAGUUGGUAUAGAUUUUUUACAAUUUAAAGGUCAAACUAUUGUUGUCGUCGAAGAUUACUAUUCUAAUUAUAUAGAAAUAGCUAAUGUCAGCUCAACAGGAGCAAAAGCAUUAAUAAAUGUUUUGAAACCUAUAUUCAGUCGUCACGGGAUUCCUGUAAAAAUAAUGUCAGAUAAUGGUCCACCCUACAGUUCACAAGAAUUUAAGCAGUUUAUAGAUUCUUGGGGUAUAUGUCAUACAACGUCAAGUCCUUACCUAUCACGGUCAAAUGGAUUAGUGGAAUCUGGAGUGAAAAUAAUAAAGCGCAUACUUACCAAAUGUGCUGAGUCUGGAGAUGAUCCUCAUCUUGCCUUGCUGCAAUAUAGAACCACACCUAGAGGAAACUUACCGUCUCCUGCUGAAUUAUUGAUGUCUCGUCGUCUCAGAACACUAAUACCUACUGUUGUUAAGCAUCUGCAACCUAAAAUAACAAGUCAUAAGGAAUAUAGGAAAAUAAAACAACAUAAUAAUGUCAAACAGAAAUUUUAUUUUGAUAAAAAUCUAAGGAGUUGUCUAAAGUCAAGAAAGGAGAUAGGGUGAUGUUCAAAAAUCACCUGAUUCUAAAUGGCAAUCUGGAAAAGUCAUAAAGGAAUGUGAUGAACCUAGAUCAUUUAUUGUCGAAGCCCCAGAUGGGUGUACAUUUAGAAGAAAUAGGCAACACUUGUUAUGUCCUCCGUCUUCAAGUCUUAAUAAGGAAAAUAUUCCAGAAAAUUUAACAGAGAGUCAAGAAAUAAGUCAAAGUCAAAAGGAGGAAGUGAGAAAGGAAGAACCUAUAAAGGGUAUACUUAAAACUAGAAGUGGUAGACAGGUCAAUCUCCCAGUCAGGUUUCAAGAUUAAGUAUAUGUUUGAUAAAUGUCAAGUGUAAUUGUCUAAGUAAAUUUUAAGUCUGUAAGUUACACAAAUGUAUAAGUAACAUGUCAUAUAAGUUAAGGAAUGUAAAAGUUAUAAGUCAAAUGUAUAUGUUGUCAUUCUGUGAAACUAGUCUUAAGUCUCAAUUGUCUUUGUUAAAAACAAAAAAUGAAAAAGGGAGAUGUUACAUAGUGAUGUAGUCUCAGCUUACUAAAGUGACAUCACUAUGUGGCGUCCUUCCGGCCACUGUCACUUCCACACUUUACGUCCCGAUAGCGUCUGGUCAUGUCUGAUUAUAAUUAUGUUUAUAGUCUUAAUUAAUAAAUAUAUAUUGUCAUAAA